CAGUAUUUUGGAAAUGGCGCCUGUGUUGAAGACCUAGUCGGCGGUUACAGAGUUUGUUAGCUAGUUUUACUGCUGGCUGGAAUUUUUUGGAUUAUUUAUUUUCAAACGUAAAAAGUAACGUUUUAAUGUACGUGCGCGGAUUAUGACCAAGCGAAGACUGUACCAGGAGACGCAUUUGAUAUUCGAUAUUAAUAAUUCUGUUAUCCCCGCACAGGUAAAUACGUGAGAAUGCGUGACCUGGCAGCUCAGGUGACCAGCGGUCUGCUGCGUUUUCCUGCAGUGACAGUGGAAGCUUUAGGAGAGGAUGAAGUGACACUGGACUCAGUUCUUCAUGGGAAAUUCACUGCGGGUCGCAGUGUGUUGGCAUGGCUGGCGUGCGGGCCGCACUUGGAGGUGGUUCAUGCGUUGACGGGCGAGCGUUUCUCUGCAUAUCGCUUCAGCGGUGUGACGGAUCACCUGCAGCCGUGUGUGACGGCGGUGAGAGAGUUCGGUUGGCUGAAGCGCAGCGGGCUACUGGUGGGUCUGCAGGAGGACGAGAGCAGCAUGCUGUGUCUAUACGACCUCGGCAUCUCGCGCGUCAUUAAAGCCGUCGUCAUACCGAACAGGAUCACUGCUGUCGAGCCACUGGUGAGUUAUGGAGGAGCGAGCAUGAGUACGCAGCACCUGCACCAGAGCCUGCGCUGGUUUUUUGGAGUGGUUGCCGUGGUAACAGAUGUGGGACACGUCCUAUUAGUGGAUCUGUGUUUAGAUGAUUUCUCCUGCACUCAAACUGAACUGGAGGCCUCAGAUCUGGAGGUGGUGAAUAAAUGUCCGUCUGAUAUUCCACGUCUGAGAGAGGGAGUCGCUCAGCAGGGACGCCACCUCUGUCUCCAGCUGUGCAGCCCCACGGGGACAGGUGUUUCAGCUCUGCACUUCAUCAACCGCACCAAUCAGCUCGCUGUGGGCUUCACCGACGGCUUCCUGCAGCUCUGGAACAUGAAGACGCUCAAGAAAGAGUAUCACUCUCAGUUGGAGGGCGGCCGAGUCCCUGUGUACGCCUUUAACUUCCAGGAGCCGGAGAACGACCCGAGGAACUGCUGCUACCUGUGGGCUGUUCAGUCAGCACAGGAUCUUGAGGGUGAUGUAGUCAGCCUGCAUUUACUGCAGUUGGCGUUCGGGGAGAGGAAGUGUUCAGCAUCAGGGAAAAUCAUCUAUGAGGGUCUGGAGUACUGUGAGGAGCGUUACAGUCAGGAUCUGAGCGGUGGUGUGUUUCCUCUCAGAGCUCAAGCCACACACACUCGCCUGCUCAGCUGCCAGACCAUCGAGAAGUUCCGUCAUCAUCCUGACAGAGAGGAUAGCGUUAACGAAGUGGCGUCUCCGGAUACGAGUGUGUCAGUGUUCAGCUGGCAGGUGAAGUCGUACGGACAAGGCCGACCUUCUACCUUCAUCGGCGUGUUCGAUAUUAAUAGAUGGUAUCACGCACAAAUGCCUGAUUCACUGAGGGCGGGCGAGUCUCUGCAGAACUGUCCCUACCUGGCUGUGUGGUCUCUGGACUCUGUGGUGGAGGUGACUCAGUCCUGCCCCCUGCUGGACAUGGUGGUUCAUGAGCGCAGUCUGAGCAGAGCCCUGCCCCAUACCUGCCCCCCUCCUGAACAGUUCUACAACCCUAACACGUACAACUUCGAUGCGAGCUGUCUGCUUAAUGCUGGAAUAGUCCACUUCACCUGCUCUGGCUAUCAGAAAGAGACUCUGAGUUAUCUGAAGAAAGCCGUGCCGAGUCAGAGUGACGGGAUUUCUAACGGAUAUUCUCGCUGCCUCAUGUCCGGCCUGCUUUCCUCUCGGCUCGCGGACAUUCAGCCGUCCAGCCUGACCGAGCAGGAGCAGCUGGAUGCCAUUUUAACCACCGCAGUGGAGACGAGCGCUCUGGGUCUGAUCACCGGCUGCAUUAAACAGUGGACGACCGAGGAGCGGGCCGGAUCUGCAGUGAACCUGCGCUACAUCCUAGAGUGGGCCUGGGACAAAGUGGUCAAAACCAAAGAGGAGCUGGACGGCAUAUGUGCUCCGUUAUUUGACAGCUCGUCUAAUUUUACUGAUCCUCAAACACUGCAGCUUCUCCAACACAGCCAGAGAUUACUCAGUAACCUCAGCACCAUCUUCCACUGCCUGCUGAACGAGGCUCAGGAGCUCACACAGAAAGGUGUAAUAGGUCUGGUGAAUAAGUGCAUGGUGUCCAGUCUGAUCUCUCAGUACGCUCAGGUGGUCCUGUGGUUCUGCCGCACUGGUCUCCUCCCUGAGAGCGCUGAUGACGACGUCCUGCAGAUAUCGAGGCCUUUUUACAGUUUCUCUGUCAUUAAGAAUUAUUACACGGGUCAGAGGGAGGAGCUGCACAGACUCGCCAAGGAUAAGUGGAAUGCUGACUGUCUGAUGAUUGACGGGUUGGUGGCUCAGUGUGGUGUGCGUCUCUCAGAGCUGUGGAAGAGAGACGAGGGCGGGACAGGCCAGUACCCCCCUCCAUCACUACACGCCCUGCUGGACUUGUACCUCCUGGAAAAUGUUGAAGAAUCUACCAAACACGCUAUCGUGAUUUAUCUUCUCCUGGAUGUGAUGUACUCUUUUCCUAAUAAGAGCGGAGCAUCAGUGGAGUCGUUCCCCACGGCUUUCUCCAUUCCCAUCGGCUUAGUGAAGCUCGUACAGGGCCUGUGGUUACUCGAUCACCACGACCAUGAGAACUCUCUGGACCUGCUGCUCCACCCAUCUGUCUCUCCGUGUGUGUGGUCAUGGCAGCACUCUCGGGUUCUGCAGGCUCUGAUGAUCCAGAACAAACACAGCACGGCGCUGCAUUACCUGCACAUGAUGAAGCCCUCCAUCACCUCCACCUCCCUCACAAAGCUGUGUGUGUCUGUACUGCUGCACAACAGAUGUAUUGUGGAGGCGUGGGCAUUGUUGAGGCAGCAAGUUAAUAAACUCAGUAUGGACGAGCUGCUCAGGUUUUUCUAUGAGACGUGUCAGGAGCUGAGUUUAAUGAAGGAGCUCCUCAAACUUCCCCUCCGACCCUCUGAACAGGAGUGUUUGGAGCGGUUCCUGCAGGAAACAGGAGGGUUCCAGAACAGAGAGCUCCUCAUGGUUCACUAUCUCCAGCAGGCCAACUACGUUCCUGCGCUGCAGAUCAACCACACUUUGAAGAUGAACCUGGCUGGUGAUCGAGAUCCUAAGAUGAAGGAGAGAUCGAACACGAGGAACUCCAUCAUGAAUCAAUACGGGAAGGUGUUACCUCGCGCUCAGAGGAAGCUCGCCAUCGAACGUGCAAAACCAUAUCAGCACCCGUCCACCAUCCUCAGAGAGGUUGCCAGGCCUCAGCCGUUAUCCACCGUGGCUAAACGCUCUACUAAUGAGAACGUCCUGAGCAGAGCAGCGUUUAUUAAAAACGUUCUCACGAAGAUCGAGGAGGUGUGGAUCGGGAAGGAUGCUACACCUGAACCCUCCCCUUUCAAGAGCCCAAAAGCCCCUGACGCUCUGGUGUCCAGUCCCAAUCCUCUGACCUUAAACGUCCCUGAGGCUUUUGUUGGAACACCGAUUAACAUGCUGACUAAGAGGAUGUCCAGACUCCUGGAUCUGGCGGUGCAGCCGUCAUCCCAGACAUCCCCUGAAUCGUCUCACACUCACGUGACUCCGCCCAAAUCCAUCAGCUCCUGGGCUGCAUCUAAACACAUCAGCAGGGCUCCUGAACUCAGCCUGUUACACACUCCUCAGGUGGUGAAGAGAGCUCGAGCUUUAGCUGCGUCCGGUCAGGGUUUCUCCUCCUUCACACCUCAGUCCAUCCUAAGGAGCAGUCUCCGCCCCACUCCUAUAGCAACACCCACGGCAUCACCUGCCCGAUCAGCCACACCCCCCUCACGCCCCAAAGAGAGUCGCAUCACCUUUAUGGAGGAAAGUGGAUCUCCAGCUCUGCCCAAGAGCUCCUCCCUGCACUGGAGCAACGGGCUCACUGCAGUUGGUGAAAUUAGUGAGCUGAAGCUCCCACCCAUGCCACCAGAGGGCGGAGUCGAGGGAUGGAGCGAGCAUUCCGGUGAAGAAGAGGAGGAUGAAAAAGAACCCAGUGUAUCACUCAUGCCUUCAUUGAAGCCGAAAGAGAACCUAGAGACGGAGGAACCGAAGCAGGUCUUACCUACACUAGGGUGCAGGCCCAGUCUGGGACAUGAGACAAGUGCACUCUCCAUCCAAUCAAAUUCCACACUGGAAUUCCACGACGCUCCUUCUCCAACAGAUUUGAUGAGACCAGCACGGCAGUCGCACAUCAGGCUGGAUGAAGAUGAUGAAGUCAUCAUCAUCAGGCCUCCACAAUCACAGACCGAUUUCACCAAAUUACUUUCUGCUGAAGAGCCGAUUGCGGACCAGGGAAUGGAAAAUGAUGAAGUUUUGAAAUUUGAGAUGAAGUCAGAAGCAAACGAAGAACAUGCAAAAGAAGAAGCUGAGGACCAGAACAAGGAAGCGACUGCAGAAAGAGAAGUACAGAAUCUUCCAGUUGUUCCAGUCACUUCACUGGAGAAGUCAAGUCAGGAUGAUUCAAUGAAUCAUGACGUAAUUUUGGCACCACGUGAACCAAUCAGAACCUCUGGAAUGUCUGAGUGGACCAGCAGAGAGGAGGAGACGAAGGACUCUGAGCCAGUUCCACCACCAUUCAUUGACAAUGCCGUCACUCCAGAGGAGCCAAUCAAAGCGAGUCCCAAAAAAUCUGAGUCAUGUGAUUCAGUUGAACACUCUGUGGUUAAUAACGAGCCAAUUAGUGAGCUUCCUGCUUCUAAUAUUGAAGAGCUGAGAGAUAAACCCGAGGCCAUGGAGACAUCAGAUCUCGAUGAUUACGUGGAGCGCGAGUUAUUCUGUGAUCUCUCACCUCUACGUUCCCACACCGACAGUAAAGAGGCUUUAGAGUCCGACAGUGAGCCAUGUGGAGAUGUUCAAGAUGAUGCACACAGAUCUGUCGCCUCGUCUGAAGCUGCAUCCUCCGAGUCCCGAUCUGUAGUCAGCCUGAACGACACUGAGGAACUCUCCAGCGGCGAGGAAGAUGAUGACGAGGAUGAAGAGGAGGAGGAGGAAGAAGACUCGGGCAGUGAGGUGGAGAUUAUAGAGGAAGUAAAAGGAAACGGUACACAGCAGCACCUUUACCUGCAGGACCUCCAACCUGAAGAUCAGUUCCUCCAAGAGCAGGCGGCCGCUGUGCUGUCCCUCGUCACCGACCCACAGCUGAAGGUGAUGGAUGGCUGUGAGGAAGAAGGUCAGGUGGUGGUGGUUGGUCUGAGACCAGCGAGUCUGGAUGAUGAAGUCGACGAUGGUGUGUGCUACACCGAGUUGAAGCCCUCCACCACUCUCCUCGUUCCUAUUGAGCUGGCCGCUGAGCACCAGGAGCUUCUGCACGGAGCCCAGCUGCCCCAGAUUGCACUUCCUGUCUGCUCCAAUAACUUCUCCCUCAUGCUGGAGGCAGAUGAUGAAGAACCAGCAGCUUUAGAAAUGGAUGCUGGGAACCAUCUAACUCUGGAAGGGAACAUGGAGCAUGCUGGAGAUAUGGAGGAGGAACCAAAUACUAAUAGAGAUGAGGUUAUUGUGGAGCACGCUGUUCUAGAAUCUGAGGAAACAUUCAAAAUGGAGGAGUUGCCUUCAGAAGCAGUUGUGCCAGAUGUUGUGGAACCUAAUAAACCAGUAGAGAAGGUUCAUCUGGAACAGGAAGUGACUGAAUCUGAGCCAAACAUGGAUCAUCAACCUGAUGAACCAGCUGAAGUUCAAACACCGUCGGAAGCAGUAGCAGAACCUGAACCACUUAUAGAAGAUGAACCAGCAGAUGACGCUCAAGUAGAGCAGACAGAAGAGAAAAUGGAGCUAAAGCCAGAUUCUGACCCUGCUGAUGAAGCUCAAACAGUAGUAAAGGAGCUUCUGGAUGAACCAGUGGAACCUGCUGAUGGGCCUGUGGAGGAACCAGUGGAACCUGCAGAGGUGCCUGUGGAGGAACCAGUGGAACCUGCAGAGGUGCCUGUGGAGGAACCAGUGGAACCUGCAGAGGUGCCUGAGGAGGAACCAGUGGAACCUGCAGAUGAGCCUGUGGGCGAACCAGUGGAGCCUGUGAUUGAAGAGACUUUUGAUGUAACUGAUGUAUGCGUCAGCGGUCAGGUUCAAGAGUCAGGCUUGGCUGGGGUUAAGGAGGAUGGUUUGGUCCAUAAUGAGGAAAUGCCUUAUGAAGAGGGUGUAGAAGCUAGUGGGAUGGUUCCUGUAGCCGAAGACCAUGUUUCUGAAGUUAAUAGCGCUGAGGAGAAAGAUGCUAAGCUUAUGGAAGCUAUAGAAACCACAGCUGAGUUGACGGAAGUGCAACAAAGCCCAGCAAGAAGAGGAAGAAAGACCAUUACGUUCCCAACAACCCGGAUGGAAUCUGCGAGAGAUCCUUCUGAAGAGGAACGAGCCGAUUCGAAAGUGCCUUCCACACCGAGACGUGUAACAAGGAGCAGCAAGCAGCUCAUGGAGUCUGAAGUUCUCAUCACACCAAGGAGAAGCACAAGAAAAACACAUUCCGAAGCCACAGUGGAGGAGGUGGCGUCAACAAAAGCAACUCCUCCACGUAAAACUCCACAGAAAGCUACACCCAGGAGAGGAUCUCACAAAACAAGGAGCUCGAGUGCAAAUGAUGUUGAAGAAGUCCAGAAAAUGGAGGAAACAUCAAUUGUUGAACAUCAGAGUGCAAGGAAGACUAGAAAAGUAACCGCGAUCAAGGUCCCAGAGCCGAUCCAUGAGGAGAAAUCUGUGGAGAACCAAGUGAACAGUAACGCUAGUCCCAGCAGGGUGACUCGCCAAUCAAGCCGGAGGCUAAGCUUGACGCUGGAGAGCUUCCAGAUGAUUUCAGAUGUCCGGAACACAUCUUUAGUCACGCCACCGAGGAGCAGACGGAAAGCCCUAGGCACAAAUGACGACACUUACACAGUGGACAGCGCUCAACUUCAGAAUGUUUCCAGACGAUUGACGAGGAGCCAGUACUGGAACAACGGAGAGGAACCCGAGAAACUAGAGAACCUGGAAUCCACCAAUCUGUUGGCGAGCGCUUUGAUUGAGAGACUGAACGACGAACAAGCUAAAGAGAGCGAAGUGGUUACGGAGAUAGUGCGCGCCAAACGGCGGACCAGAUCUGUAGCUCCAUCUGCUGACCAUGUAGAGCAGAACGCUGAAGCUCUGGAGUCAGCAGGUUCUACUGACCAGCAGGAGCAGAAGAAGACAUCUGCACCAUCUGUUAGAAGAACAAGAGCCAGCAAAGCUCCAGAACCCGACACCUCACCUGUUAGUGAUGGCACAUCUGGCGCUGUGAGAACGAGAGGAAAGAAAAAAGACAUGGCUGUAAACGAUCUUGUUUUGUCUCCUCCUGUGACUCGAAUGAGACGAGCACCUGCUGUCUCCAACCACGUCGAGGAAAAGAUUUUAUCGAACGAAGCUGCAGCGGAAGCUGAAUCAGAGGUUAAAACGAGGAAGAAGAGAACGACAAGAGCGAGAGCGGAGCCUGAACCCGUGAUGGCGGACCUCCUGUCUCCGCUAGCGAGUCCAGCCGAACCGGUUCCGAGGAAGAAGUCGGAGGAUCGAGAGUCCGUCGCUCCGAAGAUGAACCUGAGGCGGAGACGCAUGAUGGAGGCCAUUUUCCCCAAACCGGUCACACGCAGAAAGAAACUUUAACACUGAUCACACCACUGUCGUCGUCGUCAUCAUCAUCAUCAUCAUCGUUUUAUUUUCCUCUGGAGCUUCCUGUGUGGUUGUGCGUGUACAGUAAACACACCCCUGUUUCCCCCUCCGCCUGAUUUUUACCAGGACCUUUUUCUGCCUGCUGUUUUCUAAUUAAGGAAUUGAUUUUUGAAGUGAAUAAAUAAACAGAGCUCUAAUUUGGGAGAUUUAAUUUUAUAUUAAAUAAUUAAACGAACGAGUGACGUUUACAGUACGGAGCACUGACUGAAGCCAAACGAUGCAAAAGUCUUAAGUUUUAAAAACGUGCAUUUCUACAAAUGUAAAUAGUCUUUUUAGGGGUGUUCUAAAUAAAAUUUCAUACCUGUGAAUGAGUUUUACUCGUUAUUUCAUGAUUUUUAGGAUUUUCUUCACUUCGUAGUGCGCACUACACUUUAUGUUGAUUGGUUACACAGCGGGUCACGUUGUUAACGGUGUCACUGGUAUCGUGUAAUCGAAAUUCCCCCGGAGAUGCACUGAGGAGGACACGGAGAAGAUAAUGUGCCCUGUUUGGAAGGCUACUUAUUUUUCACUAUCACCUGAUUGUCCAACCUCAGAUCACACUUUAUUUUUUAUUGUUUUCUUGUUCUGUAAUUCCCCUUCGACUCUUUAAUAAUGAUAAUGUGAAUACUCAUUUCUAUCACCAUUUCCGUAUUUGCAGUGUUUAAUGUGCUCUUUAUCCACAAUUGUACUGUAAUGAAUCACAUCCUGUUACGCUUCUCAGUAUUCUUGUUUUUUAAUUUUAUAUUAAAAAAUGCUCUAUUUUUUAUGCCAAAAUUAAACAAUAUGUAAACUGUAUUUUUGUUUGUAAAUCGUUCUCUAUAAAUUGUAGGCCUGAUGUAGAAAUAAAUCAGCUGCAUGGCUUUA